GAACUUCGCCGCAUUCAUUCGAGCGCAGCGCAGCGAUGACGACGACAUCGACGCGGAGCGAACGAUUGGCGUUAAUUGGCUUCUGUCUGGCGGUGUUAAGUGGCGCUAAUGGAGGUGUCGAGGGUGGCAAUGUGCUCGCCGUGUUCCCGCACUUUGGCUACAGUCACUUCAAGGUGGCGCUACCGAUAUUAAGUGAACUGGCGCAACGGGGUCACCACUUGACCGUCAUUUCGUAUGUGCGGAAUCCGCAGGCAGCGCAGCUGCCCAACUACGAGCAACUGCUGAUCUCCGAUGCGACCGAGGAUCAGUCGAAUACGACCAUCAAUGUGGUGCCGCUGUCGGAGCACACGCCCACGCGUUCCUUGAAAGUGCUGCUGGAGGAGUACUAUGAGCUGUACACCAAUGGACAGAUAUCCUGCGAGCGGCUGUACGAGAGUGGCCAUGUGGAGACUGUGCUGCGGCGUCACCAGCAGAGGCCCUACGAUGUCCUGCUCACCGAGUACUUCAGCACGGACUGCCAGCUGGGUAUUGCCAAGCUGCUGCAGCUGCCCAUCAUUGGACUGAGCACCUGUGCCCUGAUGCCCUACUAUUACGAUCGCAUCGAUCUGCCGGAUACGCCCUCCUAUGUGCAGUCUGAGUUUGUGGGUUUCACGCGACCUUUGAACUUUCGGGAGCGCCUGCUGAACUUUGCCCAGGCCAAGCUGCUGAAGCUGAUCUACAGGCUGCACACGAAUCGCGCGGACAAUGCACUGAUCAAGCGCCAUCUCCAAAUUGAUGUGGAUGUGGAUGCCGUGGCACGUGCCCAGACGGCUUUCGUGUUGGGCAAUCAGCACUACUCGCAUUUGGGCAGCCGCCCGCAUAGCCGACAGUUUCUAGAGGUGGGUGGCGUGCACAUUACCCGCAAGGAUGAGCAGCAGCUGAGCUCGAGGAUUGCCCUGUUCCUGGAGCAGUCCAAGCAGGGCGUCGUUUUCAUCAGCUGGGGCUCCAUGGUGCGCGCUUCCAGCAUUGAUGCCGAAAAGCUGGAUGCCAUUAUCGAUGUGCUGCUGAAGCAGCCUUUGAAUGUGAUUUGGAAAUGGGAGGCGACCGAGCAGCCCAAGCCCCAACUGGACGCCAGCAAGUUUCUGUUUGUCAAAUGGGCACCUCAGCUAGCUUUGCUCUGUCAACCCCAAGUGCGUCUGUUUUGGGCGCACGCCGGCCUGCUGGGCCUCACCGAGGCGCUGCACUGCGGCAAGCCGCUGCUCAUGACGCCCAUCUACGGUGAUCAGUUUUUAAAUGCGCAUGCGGCACAGGAUCGCGGCGUGGGACUCAAGCUGGACUAUGAGCACAUCAAUGUGGAAACACUGCAGCAGUCGCUGCAGGAGCUGGCCAAGCCCAGCUAUGCUGAACGCGCCCUAAAGAUCUCGCAGGUGUUUAAUCAGCGCGAACGCACGCCGCUGGAGACGGCCGUUUGGAGCGUGGAGCACGUGAUGCGACAUGGCAUGCUGGCCGCGGAGCUGCUUCAGUCACCAGGCAUAGAGCUCAAUUGGUUCGUUUACCACUCGCUGGACAGUUUGGCUUUGAUCUUUGCGGUGCUGCUGCUGCUGAUCGCCAGCUGGCGUGCUCUGACCCGAACCCAACCGGAGUCCAGGCCGCACCGGUCCAGAAAAGCCAAAAAGUCUUAGUUCUUGUUUAAAUUAACUUGUUAAACUGAUUUUUGUUAAUAUAAACAAACAUAGAAAUUAA